CAGCGUGGACUGACUUGGAGAUGUCUCAGCAGCAUUACGCACGAAGACACGAGAAACGCGAACGCCUCCUUUAGUAGGACAGGACACUUUUAAGCUGAGCCGCACUGACUUUCAACUUUUGAUUUGGGAAAACAGCCUCUUCAAGACGGUUUUCUCAUAUUUUCCUGACGGCGGAUGAAACUCGGAUCUCCCCCUUCGCAUCAGCAGCAGUGGGUCUGGAUGACUUCCCCUCUUCUUAUACUCAGGUCACGGUGACUAUAUAGGAACGGAAACGAUGUAAACAGCUUGGGGAGGAAACAAACUCUACAGAGCAACAGUUUUUUUUAAAGAUCCCAAAAAGAGAGGAUGAUCCCACCGGCCAACAUGAUUCAGGACGAAAGUGGGGGCAGCGAGGACCAACAGGACCAGAAUGAGACACCAAAAUCCCCGACAGCGGACGCCAGCCAGCAGGAAACCAAGAAUACUGUGAGGCCUGAACAUCAGAAGCGUAAGCUGCAGAGACUCAAGCGCUCCUUGUCCUUCAAGACCAAGAGCAUGCGCAGCAAGAGCGCAGACAACUUCUUCAGAAACAGCAACGACAACAAGACGGAGCUACUCUCAGAUGUGAGCAGCAGCACGGGCCAUCUCUGCAACAUCGGGAUGGCCCCGCCGCACACCAUCAACCACCCCAUCCCCCCGGUGCCUCCAGCCAUCCCCUGCGCUCCUCCUCCCACAUCGCGCUCCCAGUCUCGCAACCCACUGCAGGUAGACUCGGCAGGACACUGCUUCAUGGAGCACAUCUUCAAGAAGCCCACGUUUUGUGACGUCUGCAACCACAUGAUCGUAGGUACAACAGCCAAGCAUGUGGUGUUCCUGGCGGGAAACACGGCAAAGCACGGCCUCCGCUGCAAAGCCUGCAAGAUGAGCCUCCACCACAAGUGUGAGAAUGGAGUGGGUCAGCAGCGCUGCAUGGGCAAACUGCCAAAGGGCUUUAGGCGGUACUACAGCUCUCCAUUACUGAUCCAGGAACAGUAUGGCUGCAUCAAAGAAGUCAUGCCCAUUGCCUGUGGCAACAAGGUGGACCCUGUGUAUGAGGCCUUGAGGUUUGGCACGUCGCUGGCACAGAAAGCCAAGAGGGCCAGUGGCUCUGAGUCUCCACACAGAAAUUCGACCAAUGACUUGGAUAAGGUUCCAGAGGAAGUGGUGGCUCACAGCAGUAGGCAGGAGCUGUCGAGAAAGCACAGCGACGAUGUUUUCACAGUCAUUGAGAACGGGACGGAGCAUUACCUCCAGCCAGAGAGAAAUCCUGACGAUUUGCCGUUGGAGCAGAUCCAGCUACAAAAAGAUGUCCUUAAGCUCAACACCUUUGUGGCCUUGUUCAGCUUUACUCCCCAAGACAGCCAUGAUCUGGAGAUGAGCGCGGGAGACCGAAUCUUAUUGGCUGACGACUCUAAUGAUGACUGGUGGAAGGGGGUCAUUGAGGACAGGAUCGGUUUCUUCCCAGCAGCCUAUGCUCAUCAGGUGCGAGUAGAGGACCAAGUGUUCAGGUGUACCAGGACGUUCAUCGGCUGUAAGGAACAAGGCCAGAUCACCCUGAAGGAGAGACAGAUCUGUGUGAGCAGUGAGGGCGAACGCAGCGGCUUCAUCAGAGUGUCGAGUGGAAAGAAGAGAGGCUUCGUGCCCUGCGACGUUCUGGAGAUCAUAUGAGACUCAGAGAAAUUAAGAGAGAGACAGAGACAGAGAGAGAGACAGAGAGAGAAAUAGAGACAGAGAGAGAGACAGACAGAGAGACAGACAGAGAAAUAGAGACAGAGAGAGAGACAGAGAG